AUGAACCUCCCACCGGCCAGGCCUUGUUCAGCCCAGCCGGCACCCCUUUCCCGGCCCAAUCUAGCCGCUAGGGCAAACCCUAGCCAGCCACCGAACUCCCCCUGGCCUUUUUGCAAGAAGCCCCCCGCGCCGCCGGCAAUUUUCGCGAUCGGGUCCUCCCACCCCAGCCGUUGCCUCUCAGCUCUCUUCCUCCCCGAGCGCGACCCGCGCCCCGCUCGCCCCGAGCCGCUCCCGUCCUCUCUCCCUUCACCACCGAACGCAACCGUCGCCACCUCCUCUCUCCUGAGCGCCGCCGCGCGCCUCCUCCCUGCUCUGAGCCGCCGCCUGGCUCUCUCCCGCCCCAGCCCUACCUCCGGCCGCACGUCCUCCUCUCUGGCUCACCUCCUCGCGCCGCCAGGAGCCCCCACGGGUGCGGACCUCCACAUCUCUGCGCCGUCCCCCGCCGUUUUCCGCCACCACAAGGACGUCCCUGACCCCGUCGGCCUCCUGCAGGUCACCGUGACCCCGUCCUCGCCUUUCGUCGCCCCUGCGCGUCCCCUUUGCGAGGCCACCGUGACCACCUCCUACACAGCGUUGCACGGCCUCUCCUCCACCUCGAUCCCAUGCUGCUCCACGGCCGUUCUCCAUGUUCUGGCUGCUCCGGGGAAGAUGUUGUUGCUCCCUGAUGUUCGUUUCUUCCGCUCGGUUCUGAGACCAUCUGUUCCCAACCCCCGCGUGAUCAUUUUUGGUGUGCUGCUCAUGUUGAAGUUGGUGAUGUACUGGUGUAGUGCUGUGGUGGUGCUGUGA